GCAGAAAGAUAGGUAGCGCGCAUGUAUCAUAGAGAUGUAUACUAAUUACACAUCUCUAUGGCAUGUAUACAUCGGCUCUCGCUAGCUUGCGACGCCCUGAGUCUCGGCCAAAACUCCUUUCAAUUCCUGUAAUGUAAACUAUGCGCCUACGGCAGCUGCAUCAUUGGCCAUUUUCUGGGUUUUGACUGUGCUGAGACUUGUACUUGUAGCAGUUCCAAAUGUUUUCCUAAUGCAGCUGAAGCUUGCAUGUGGAUUUAAUGCUUAACAAAAUCAACGAUCAAAAUAGGUCUAUUUGCGUGUGCUGAGAAUUGGUGAGCAGAACAGUGUUUAUCAACAAUUGAAGUAUGGAAAUGACAGAGGAUGAAAUACCUCUUCCAUCAUCAUCACCUGUAUCACCACGGCAACCAGGAGGAGAAGAACCACUCUCUCACCUGGAUGCGAUGGCUAUCGUGCGGAAGGAACUUGGUGAGGUCCUCGAUGAUCCCCUUCUGGAAGAUCUUCCCCAGGAUGUUUGUGUGGAAGAGGUGAACCUCCAAAUUGCUCUGGAGUAUGGUCAGGCCAUGACAGUGAUCGUCAGAAGAGCUGAUGGUGAUCUUAUGCCUGUAGUGGUAAUGCAGACUGCAACUGUUCAGGAUUUGAAGAGUGCCAUCAAGAGGUACUUCGAGCUCAAGCAGAAUCGAGAGGAAAUCAAAAAGAGAAUAAGCUGGCGGUAUGUCUGGAGGAGUUAUUAUCUUUGCUUUGAAGGUGAGAAGCUGACUGAUGAUUACAAGAAACUGAGAGACUAUGGAAUCAGGAACAGGGAGGUGGUAACCUUCGUCAAGAGGCUGCAUUCUAAAGGAGGUGGCUACUGAUCAUAUCAGGACCAUGCCAAAGGCUUCCAAUAGCAGAGAGUCCGAAGCGCAGCCAUGGCCUAAACAGAUGAUCAUAUCAGUGUCAUGAUCAGGUUCUAGUAGCAGAGAGUCUGAAGCGCAUCUAUGACUAACCUAAAUGGUUGAUCGUAUUAGGAUCAUGCCAAAUGGUUCCAAUAGCAGAGAGUCCGAAGCGCAGCCAUGGCCUAAACAGAUGAUCAUAUCAGUGUCAUGAUCAGGUUCCAGUAGCAGAGAGUCUGAAGCGCAUCUAUGACUAACCUAAAUGGUUGAUCGUAUUAGGAUCAUGCCAAAUGGUUCCAAUAGCAGAGAGUCCGAAGCGCAGCCAUGGCCUAAACAGAUGAUCAUAUCAGUGUCAUGAUCAGGUUCCAGUAGCAGAGAGUCUGAAGCGCAUCUAUGACUAACCUAAAUGGUUGAUCGUAUUAGGAUCAUGCCAAAUGGUUCCAAUAGCAGAGAGUCCGAAGCGCAGCCAUUGCCUAAACAGAUGAUCAUAUCAGUGUCAUGAUCAGGUUCCAGUAGCAGAGAGUCUGAAGCGCAUCUAUGACUAACCUAAAUGGUUGAUCGUAUUAGGAUCAUGCCAAAGGGUUCCAAUAGCAGAGAGUCCGAAGCGCAGCCAUGGCCUAAACUGAUGAUCAGGUUCCAGUAGCAGAGAGUCUGAAGCGCAUCUAUGACUAACCUAAAUGGUUGAUCGUAUCAGGAUCAUGCCAAUGGGUUCCAAUUGUGGAGAGUCUAAAGUGCAGUCAUUGCCUGAACAGUUUAUCAUAUUAGGAUCAUACUGAAGGGUUCCAAUAGCAGAGAGUCGAGGAAGCACAGCAGUAGUCUGAAUGGUUGAUCGUAUCAGGAUCAUGCCGAAGGGUUCCAAUAGCAGAGGGUUUGAGGAAGCGCAACAGUGGUCUAAUUAACGGUUGAUCGUAUCAAGAUCAUGCUAAAGGUUCCAAUAGCAGAGGUUUUCAAGAAGUGCAGACAGAACAGUCAAUCAUAUCACGAUCAUGCAGAAGGGUUCCAAUAGUAGAAAACCAAAGCACAACUAUGGCCUGAACAGUUGAUCACAUCAGUAUUAUUCUGAAAGGUUCCAAUAGCAGACAGUCGAAGUAAGUGCAGCCAAUGUCUUUACAGAAGUGUCAUCAAAGAAAUGGCUCAAGAUCAAGUGCCACCCUUCUGCAUGGAUGAACCUACAUCUUCUUGUAUUUUCUUGUAUAUCUUCUUGGCCAUGCCGGGAGCCAGAGGAAUUUCUCAGAUGAAAGCCGAUUCUUCAAGCCUUGAUCAUUGUAGUUUCUCAUGCAUUCAAGAUUUAAAACUCCCCUCUGUGAUGAGAAAUAGUGCAUCUUAUCAUGUUGUCUAAUGAGAAAGACAUUUUUGACAUGGCGAUUUUGGACAUGAAAAUGAGAAGUGCCAAAACUGAAACGCUUAAAUACAGACUUUAUCUACCAAAACAAAGCAUAUUUAUGUAUAUCACAAUCCAAAGUCUUGUAUAACAAUUUAAUGUUUAGUUGAUCACAUGCAUAAAGUGAGAGCAAAUUGUUCACCCAUGUUGCGUAAAUGAACAUUGUAGAAUUUGGUACAUGUAUACCGCAAAUUUACAAUCUUGUGGAAUUUUUGCUGAGGGUCCUGUCUGCAUUUUCAAGACAUUUUCUCCCUUUUUAAUGCCAUUUUGUAGCUGUUCUAAAAUUGGCAAGAAAACAGUGAACUUUUUUCCUUUCAGAUUUCUAAAUAGGGAUUAGUAUAGUAGCUUCAUAGCUCACUGUGAUAAAUGUUAAAAGGGAGGUAGCAAAAUAGCAAUUAAUUCACUGACUCCUAUUCAUACACAACAUCAAACAUUUGCAGCUUUAAUUGUGGCUAGCUUGCGUGUAUGAAUAGAGUAUAUUAUUAUGGUAUAGUAGCAGCCGUUCACCGUGGUCUCAAAAUAAAUGCUCACAUAGACUGCUUGAGUAGGCUUUGUUUAAAGAUAAAAAAUCAAAUCUAGGAGGUAAACUCUUACUUGCUUAACACAAAUAUUUUCAGUACCAUUUUACAGUUAAAAAAUUAUACUGAAACAAAGGUAAAGUUUGUUGCUUAAGGGUCAUUCCAUGGGGUUGGGGCAACAAGAUCGUGUGAUGUCCAUGUAACAGUGGUAUCAGCUUUUUCAUUUCACAGAGAUCAGUUCAAAUGGGGUUUAGUUUUGAUGUGUUAAUUUAAAGAUGAUGUCCAAUCAUAGUAAUUCAGUUUGAAAUUGGGGAUGUUUAAUGGUUUUGCUGCAAAACAAAUACAAAGUUUUACCACUGUUACAUGGACAUCACAUUGGCAUAACAUAGGCAAUAAAUUUGCAGGUGUGAAUCUGUCAUAUAUCAUGAUGCUUGAGAAGUAAAACUUGGUGAGACCCCAUUUAUUUUUGCUGGUAAUUUUAUACAUACAUUUGCCUUCUUUUCAUGAGACACGGUUUUGGAGUUCUGGUAUGUCACAAAAAUUUCCUCCCGUGCAAUGACCCUUAAGUAAGAGAGAUAUGGAUUUAUUGUGUUUCACAUAGCAUAGUAGGCCUACUAGCUGCAUUCAUUUGUGACAAAAAGAAAUAUUGGAUAUUAUCUGGUGAAAAAAAGCUCAAUAUUUGUAAGAUUUGACACAUACAUUGGUGUGAAGAAAUGCAUUCUCAACCAAUCUUUAUGCUUAAGAUUUUUAUUGAACAAUAUUUUAAUAUAAGAGUACUUUGACAAUUUUUAUUUAAAAAUGUAUCAUUUUAUGAAAUCUAUUUGAUCAAAAUACAGGUAUACAUGUAUUUGUCUGCUAUAUUUUCAUUCACGAAAUUAUAUUCCUUGAUUAUUAAAUUUGAAGAAAAAGGAUCACUUAUUUUAUUUUUAGAUAUAUGUUGGAUGGGUACUUGGAUAGUAUUUUGACAAAUACUGUGUACAAAUUAUUAAUUUUGAUUUGACCCAACAAUCACUACAGCUUAAAAUGUACAAAUUUUACAAAAAGUGCAUUUUAUCCAUUAUACAUUUAUAUUGUUAAAAUAUUUCAAAGUUAAUCCUUAUAAUCAUACAAUUGUUUUUCAAUAAAACUGACUAUUUGCCCUACUGGGUAAUUAUUGAUACUAAUAAUCAUUUAUAAUUUUUAUAAAGCAUUCACAUUACAUUUUACAUAAGUUGUCCUUCUUCACUUUUCAGAGCAUAAGAAUUGGAUGAAACAUUGGACUAUAAAUCUACAAAUAACACACAAAAAAGAAAGUUCCCACUAAAUCAAAUAGAAUAACUUUUAAAGUAUCUCAUCAUAAAGUGUUUCAAUACUUAUUAACAUCUGUGUAAUAAUGAUAAUAAUCCAUUAAGUCAUGCCUGAGUUGGCACAUAUUAAAGGCUAAUUUCAUUCUAAGUUAACAAGAAAAAAUGCUGUCAUACUUAAUUAAAUAACUUUGAAGUUUGAAAAUUCAUUUUUGCAUGUCUUGCCAUUUAUUUCAAUGUGCGCUCACUCAUGCUAUCAAAGUUAUUUCUCGUGUUUCUACAAAAACUGAAUUUGAAUUCAUUGAAUUCUACAUUCUUCCUGAAAGACAUAAUAUUGUUCUGUGCUCUGUAUAACAGAUUCCACUAUAACCCAAGCCAUCUUUGACAGAGUAAGCAUAUGGUCAUCAACUAUAUUUGGUUAAUAGUUGAACUCAUGGAACAGUCUUUGUUUCAUUUCUCCCACCUGUGCAUUGAAAUGAAAAGAACAUUGAAAAAUUGUUAGACAUCGUAUAUUGUUUCUUAUAUAUUCAGGGUAAAGUAUUUUCUCUAUUUUUCACAAGCUGGCCAGAGUUUUACCAUGAUAUUUCCUUAUUGUUUCUUUUGCUUAUACCAUAAUCAGCUUUUUUUACAAUGAAAAUGUGAAAAAUUGUCAGAUAGACAUAGAAUUAAAUGAUAUCUGAAAGAAGCUAGAGAUGGUGUAAUGUAAGUGAUUAAUUACAAGAAAGAAAUUUAUACAUAGAAACACAACUUCUACCACCCCCCCCCCUUCCAAUAAAAGGAGGAUAAAGUAUGAGAUGCUUUAUAUCACAUAAUAUUUAGUCGUAAGAUAUUUAGCAAAUUGUUAAAUUAAUGCUACUGGAAGAUUAUAAUUAAUUUGGUAUGGUAAAAUACUGCCUGAAAACAAAUAAUUCUAUAUAAAGAUUUUGUGAAUAAUUAAAAUAUUUUUUCUUGUAAACAGUGUAAAUAUGUUCACUGAAAAUGAUCGAAAUUUUCUGCAACAGUAUUAAGUAGAAUUAGUACUGAAUUUGAUGUACAAUAUUGAGAUUUAGUUAAAUUUAUUGUUUAAACUAUGAUAAUGACAUUAUUUGGGGCUAACCUCGAUUAGCAUCUUGCUAUUAUGUUAGCUCCAAUUACCAAAUGUUUUGUUUAUAUGUGAUGUACUAUUCCUUGUAAUUGUACCUGACAGUGAUAUUUGGUAAGAAAUUCAAUUCAAUUCAAUAUUUCAGAAGACUAGUAUAGUCAUCUCAGCAUACUGGGAAUGAGAUAGUGUUAUUACAAAAUUGUUUUGGCGACAUUAGAAAUUGUAUUUGAAGCCAUUUAAAGUAAAUAUUGAAAAAAGAUA